AUGACGAAUCCCUCCAGCAAAGAUUUACCUUCCGACGAAGUGGGCGAUCUAUUUGUGUUUCCCUCCGGCACAGUGGUAGCGUGGUCGCUCCCAGAAGGAUUCACAUCAUUCCUGGCAACACGAACUCUCUUGCCCGCAGCAGAAGGUGCCCACGUAGAUGACUUGGAAACCGAGGAUCUCGAAUUUGUGGAGGAUUCGAAGCGGGAGAACAGUGUCAUUAAAGGGGACACAAUUAUACUAGGGACCAACUCUGGUCACGGAGAUGCGAAGGGAUCACCAGCGGCGCAACAAUCCGUCGAUACUGUAUUGACCAAGGUUGCAUUUUCGUCGGGUCUUGCUCGAAGUACGAAGUUGGCCGUCCUCGAGAGCCUUCUUUCAAACUAUUUUGAAUCGACUCGGCCAAUUCCCACUCUUCUAUCACAGGGAUCCCGUCUUCCAUUUACACGAGACUUUGUCCUCCGCAAGACGGGACAGUUACUGAGUGUCCGGGCGCAGCUCAAUCUCUAUUCUGAGCUGACUGAUUCCCUUCCCGAUAUCUUUUGGGACAGCCGACACGAGCUCGGCUUGGAGGGAUACUAUGAGCAGGCUGGCAGAGCCUUAGAUGUCGGAAUUCGCAUCAAACUGCUGAACGAGAAGAUGGACUAUGCGCAAGAGAUCGCAAGUGUACUCCGAGAGCGCCUUAGUGAGACACAUGGUCUCCGGCUCGAGUGGAUUAUCAUUUUGCUCAUUGCCGUUGAGGUCGGCUUCGAGGUACUGCGUUUAUGGAGAGAAAGAUUACAUGAACAGGAGGCGCGCAAGCAGGAGACCUAG